CACGUGUUCUCUUAGCGAUUUGACGAACUUUGCAUGAUCUGAGUAACAUAGAAUCAUGGAUCCGGACAUUGUGGCUUCAAUUUACUUUCCAGUCCAUCUUCAAGAUCCCAAAGAGCGGGUUCAAGCAUAUCUUGACGCCUAUAAAGAACAGGGCCCGAAACAUGAUUCGUUUGAUGCUGAUUUAAUGCGGAAUAUUCGCCUAGUAUCGGCGACCGCGAAGCCAUCAGCGAAGAUCGUAUUUGAAUUCGACGUUCACCCGCGAUUUUGUAGCAAGUCAAAUAACAUGCAUGGUGGAGCUGUUGCACUAAUGGCGGACAUGGGCACCACCAUGGCCGUCGCACCAUUAUCGUCCAAGGAUUUCUGGCACUUCGGCGGUGUGUCCCGGGUUCUCUCGGUCAGCUAUCUCAGGCCGAUACCAAAGUCGAUUACUCUCCUAGUGAAGUGCAAAGUUGUGCAGAUCGGCAAAACAAAUGCAACGAUACAUAUGAAGGCUUACAACAAAGCGAAUAACACUUUGCUUUGUGUGGCCGAGCACAGUAAGACCUGGGUAGACAUUAGACAAAGAAUGUGA